AUGGGAAGCCGGAAUACCCUAUCUCUCAGCCUUCUUCUGGGAACCUUCUAAGGCAGUCAGUAGGGGCAGAAACAAACAGCUCACGAAGCCAAUCCAACACAGACAAUAUCUCAUCAACCCUUCCAUGGAAAUCAACGAGAACCUGACUAAUCUCUGUAUCUCUUCUCUGUAGUCAAAGCUGAAGAUGGAGUUCACGACCGGAAGAAGAGAUGGUUUCUAUAUCAUAGGGGAAGAAUCCAAGCAUCCUUCCCUUUGUCCUUUAUCUUCUUCCUCCUCCUCGACGCCACCGAUAUCUUCUGCCUUCAGGUGGCACGUUGGUCCAUCCGAUAGCGCAAGCAACGGCACCGGCGGUGGCCGCAGAGAGAGCAACUUCUUCACGGUGAAGGAGCACAUGUUCGACAAGGUGGUCACGCCGAGCGACGUCGGCAAGCUGAACCGGCUGGUGAUCCCCAAGCAGCACGCCGAGAAGUACUUCCCGCUGGACCUGGCAGCGAACGAGAAGGGGCUACUGUUGAGCUUCGAGGACCGGACGGGGAAGUCGUGGCGCUUCCGCUACUCCUACUGGAACAGCAGCCAGAGCUACGUCAUGACCAAGGGCUGGAGCCGCUUUGUCAAGGAGAAGAGGCUCGAUGCCGGGGAUAUCGUCUCCUUCGGCCGCGGUGUGGGCGAGUCCGGGAGCGACCACCUCUACAUAGACUGGAAGCCGCGGCUAGAGAACCAUGACAUACCCAGGCUGCCGCCACUGGUACCACUCACGGGAGUAUCCUUAACGCCGCCAUUAGGACCAUGGGGCGGCCGGUUCUUCGUCCCUCCGGGAGCAGGGCACUACCAUCACCGCCUUGCUUUCGGUUACGACACCAUGAUCUCCGGCACCACUAGCGCAGAUCAGUUUCAUUUCUUCGGAUCGUCGGUGGCAGGGGCAGCACCGCAGGUUGGGGUGCAACAUGACAGCGGCAGCGCCCCGCCGUUAGUCCUCAAUUCGCAGCCACUCCUCCACAACCAGGCUGAAGCCAAGCGCGUCAGGCUGUUCGGCGUGAACCUCGACAGCCCCGAGACGCAAGACGAUCCCGGAGCUCCUGCUGAUCGAUCUCCCAGUGCGCGGCGGUUGCGGACGUGCUCUACGCAUCCCUUCCCUCCGUUCCCGCGUGGGAGCACGGAGUCCUCGGCAGCUUCGUCAUCAACGAGCAAGGAGCAGCACUUAACGUUGGAUCUUGGCUUGUGAUCGAGGAGGUACAGUAUAAGAAAAGGACGUCAUCGUCACCCUCCUGAGCAAAUACAGAUGCAUACUGAACUGUCAUGGAAGACUAGAGGGAUGUAUUCGUAGUAAAUUCAUUUUUCCUUUUUCUUUUUAGUCUCCAUAAUCUUCUCUUUAGCAAUAUUGAGUUCAUUAAAGCAAGAUUUCAGUUUGUGGAACUGCAGGAAUUUGCUUUAGUUUGCUCAAACCUAUUGCAAUACUACACAUCACCUACU